UACUUCCUAGCCUGUCCCCCUAGGGCAGUCUGACCCAUUCCUCUUGCUGCCCUAUAGAGCACCGGCCAGACCUGGCAAGGAGGACCCAACCCCACCAAUGCCAUCUUUUUGGCCACCAUCCCUCCCCUAGUCCACCCGGAAGGGCUCCUACCGGGAGGAAUUGAGGGCUGCAUUUCAUCCUUGGUUGCUGAGUCCAUGGCAGUCCUUGGAGGAGCUGGAGAUGAGAUGUGGAUCCUCAAUAAACUUCCCUGCAGACAGAUUCCUGUCUCAAAGUCGGCUUCCCAGAGAUCCUGACCUAAAGUAAAUGAUAAUAAAUAUUGAUGGUAUCAAACAUAACAAAACGGUACUAGCCACACCUAACCCUUUCUACCUGCCAGGAACUGCUCUAAGUGCUUUACUGACAUGUGCGCAUAGGAACUGAAGGACAGCAAUGGGGUCAGUUAAACCAAGACACUGGGACAGCUUCCAGGAGCAGGUUGGGGGAAACACAUUGCGGUCAUCAAGCAGCGUGGUCUCCUCUUCCGCAAAGGGGACAGGCUGGGUAUGCCUGGAAGGUUCUAGCGGCUUUCCCUUCUCUACUGCCGGGGCUGCCCCCCUGACUUCCUCCACCUGCCCCUGGACCCUGUCCCCUCUCCCGGGAUCCCCGGAUUGUCUUCGUCCUCUUCGGCGGUUGGACAUUUGCUGAUGGUCCCCGAAGUUUUGCUGCCGUGUCCGCAGAGAGGAAUUGCGCCGGGUUCCCUGGGAGGGCGCGGAGCGGAAGCGGAAACAGCGGCGCUGGCGCCGGCGGCCGGGUGGCCAGGAACGGAAGCGGAAGUGGCGGCGGCGCCGGCCUGGCCUGGCCUGGCUGAGGGGAGGCGGCGGGCGGGAGCGAUGGCGGAGGCCGGGCCGCAGGCGCCGCCGCCCCCGGGCACCCCAAGCCGGCACGAGAAGAGCUUGGGACUUCUCACCACCAAGUUCGUGUCGCUUCUGCAGGAGGCCAAGGACGGCGUGCUUGACCUCAAGCUGGCAGCUGACACCCUUGCUGUGCGCCAGAAGCGGCGGAUUUACGACAUUACCAACGUCCUGGAAGGUAUCGGGCUGAUCGAGAAAAAAUCCAAGAAUAGCAUCCAGUGGAAGGGUGUGGGGCCUGGCUGCAACACCCGGGAGAUUGCGGACAAGCUGAUUGAGCUCAAGGCUGAAAUCGAGGAGCUGCAGCAGCGGGAGCAAGAACUGGACAAGCACAAGGUGUGGGUGCAGCAGAGCAUCCGGAAUGUCACAGAGGACGUGCAGAACAGCUGCUUGGCCUACGUGACUCAUGAGGACAUCUGCAGAUGCUUUGCUGGAGAUACCCUCUUGGCCAUCCGGGCCCCAUCGGGAACCAGCCUCGAGGUGCCCAUCCCAGAGGGCCUCAAUGGACAGAAGAAAUACCAGAUUCACCUGAAGAGUGUGAGUGGCCCUAUUGAAGUGCUGCUGGUAAACAAGGAGGCAUGGAGCUCACCGCCUGUGGCAGUGCCUGUGCCACCACCAGAAGAUCUGCUCCAGAGCCCACCUGCUGUCUCUACCCCUCCACCUCUGCCCAAGCCUACCCUGGCUCAGCCCCAUGACACCUCACGCCCAAGCAGUCCCCAGCUGACCACCCCCACCCCUGUCACUGGCAUCACUGAAGCCCAGGGGGUGCCCGGUCCAGCAGCUGAGAUCGCAGUGAGUGGUGGCCCUGGAACGGACAGCAAGGACGGUGGUGAGCUUGGCUCCCUCCCACCGGGCCUGGCAGCCCUGGACACUCGGCCGCUGCAGUCCUCUGCCCUACUAGACAGCAGCAGCAGCAGCAGCAGCAGCAGCAGCAACAGCAGCUCAUCCGGACCCAACCCUUCUACCUCCUUUGAGCCCAUCAAGGCAGACCCCACAGGAGUUCUGGAACUCCCCAAAGAGCUGUCAGAAAUCUUUGAUCCCACAAGAGAAUGCAUGAGCUCAGAGCUGCUGGAGGAGCUGAUGUCCUCAGAAGUGUUUGCCCCCCUCCUCCGCCUAUCUCCACCCCCCGGAGACCACGAUUACAUCUACAACCUGGACGAGAGUGAAGGUGUCUGUGACCUCUUCGAUGUGCCUGUUCUCAACCUCUGACUGACAGGGACAUUCCCUGUGUGGCUGGGACACAGACUGUGUGACCUGGGGGCUGCCUGAGGACCUCCCCUGCUCUACCCCUACACGGCUUGAGAGCCACAGACUCCUGGCUUCCCCAGCCUUCCCUCACUGCAGUUCUGAUCAAAACUCCCACUCCUGCACGAGUAGAGCACCUGUACCGUGCUAGGAAAGCAGGGGAAAGGGGCUCAGCCCCCUUCACCAUGGAGCCAGAGCGUUUGCCUCUCCUUUUCUGGGGCUUUCCCCCACCUCAUGCCCUCUCCGAGCCCUCUCAGAGCCAAGGCUCGGCUGCCACUCAGUGGCACAGAUCUGAAGACCUGCCAUCAUCCCCAUAGGGCAGCUUGUCCAGCCCCACUGCCCUGUUCCAGCCAACGCCUCCCACUCUGGGGAGGAAAGCUGAGGGUGGAGCCAGAUGCUUGCCAGCACCACUCCGAGCCUCCUUCCCUUCUCCCCACCCCUGACCCUGCAGCUUCCCCUAGACCUCUCCUGUGUACCCCUCAUCUGCUGGACCUUUAGCUCUGAGUACCUAUGGGGGCGGGGGGAGGAGAAUGGCUGUCAACCAGAAGGAACAGAGAGGUCUUUAGCUAGAAAUCUGGGCAGGUGAGCCCCUGAGGAUUGGCCCAAUCUCCUGCUGCCCUGUAGACCAACCCUCCCUUCUUGUUUAUUCAUUUACCCUCAUUUAGAGCCAUUUGCAGAGAUUUAGAAAGAUUUGCAGUAACGAAUGGAUUCCUAUAUAAAGAUUAUUUUUAUACUUUUUGCAGCAAAAGAAAAUUGUAAUAUUUGUACAGUAUCCAAGUGAAUAAAAGACCAUGCCUAAGGCUA